GGACAGUUGCCUUCUGGGAUAGCGAAACGACGUCGCUGUUAUCGUAGCGUCAACGCCACAUACGGGAAACCAUUCAGCAAUCCCGUUCAAAACGUACUCCUCCAUUUCCUCUAAUUCUCUGAAUUCAAUACUAUUAGGAUUAGGGUUACAGACACAAAUCAAAGAUUUUGCCCAUCAUCAUCCAUAUCCCAUCCCAAACAUGGCAAGCAGAUCCGGCAACCGACAACAGGCUAACGCCGGUGGAGCAGCAAACACAGCAAAACCAGCGAUGAGAAAGCCAGUAUUCAUAAAAGUGGAUCAGUUGAAACCGGGAACAAGUGGUCACAAUCUGACGGUUAAGGUUGUGAGUGCCAACACAGUACUCAGCAAGAAACCUAGGAAUCCAUCAUCAUCGUUGCGUGUGCCAGCACGACCCCAACAGAACACCCGCAUCUCCGAAUGUCUUGUUGGAGAUGAAUCUGGAUCCAUCCUUUUCACUGCUCGUAACGAUCAAG